GUCUUAUCAGUGAGGUGGAGUUGGGGGCUCAGUCUGUUGUCUAUCAGCUAGCUGUCAUCACCUACAUGUUUCCUCUUGGAUUCUCAGUAGCAGCCAGUGUGAGGGUGGGCAACGCUCUGGGUGCAGGGAACACAGAACAGGCCAAGCUGUCUGGGAAGGUUGCCUCCAUCUGUGCAUUCAUCGUCUCGUGUUUUGUCAGUACGUUCGUCCUCGUGACUAAAGACGUGAUGGCGUACAUCUUCACCACAGAUCAGGACAUUGUGAAGAGGGUGGCUGAAAUCAUGAUCCUGUAUGGCUUCUUCCAUCUGGCAGACACAUUCGUGGGCGUGAUGGGCGGUGUCGUGCGUGGAGCAGGAAAGCAGAAGAUUGGAGCGUUGUGUAAUCUGGUGGGGUACUACUUCAUUGGCUUCCCCAUCGGAGUCUCUCUCAUGUUCCCUAACAAGAUGGGCAUCAUAGGUUUGUGGAUAGGCCUGUUCACCUGUGUGUUAAUCCAGUCCUUGUUCUUGGUAGUUCUGCUGUGUAAACUGGACUGGAAAAAGCCAGUCAAGAGGCUCUGGAGAGGGCAGGAGUCCAGCUCCCUGAAAGGAAAGAAGAGCAGUUUGGACUGGAGAAGAGAGGCUGGUCGGAGGCGGUCCCACCCAGCGACGAGAGCCCUGGGGAGGGAAAGACGGACGUGGAGGGGCUGGGUGGGGACAGGGGGGAAGGCGGGGGGGAGUUAG